AUGGGGUUGUUUGGAAGCAAAAAUCAGCUGAUGUCCGAUGAGAAACACACUUCUGGAAGCCACCCAAAAACCAAGAGGAAACCUCCUCUCGCUCCACCCAAGGGCAGACAAUUUAUCAACAACUCUCAUCUAAACCAAGCCUCUGUACAAGAUAACUUUGUUGUGAUUGCACUGUACGAUUUUGCUGCCUCAAGUGACCGUGACCUGCAGCUGGUCAAGGGCGAGAAACUCCAAGUCCUCUCCAACGAGGGGGAGUGGUGGUUGGCAAAAUCCCUCAGCAGCGGGAGGAAAGGCUACAUCCCCAGUAACUUCGUCGCGCAAGUGGACAGUUUGGAAGAAGAAAAGUGGUAUUUUAAAACUCUGAGCAGAAAAGAUGCUGAACGGCUGCUGUUGUCUUCUGGUAACAAAGUUGGUUCUUUCCUUGUCCGAGAGAGUGAAACCAACCAAGGUGCCUAUUCCUUGUCCGUGAGAGACAGUAACUCUGCUCAUGGUGACAUCAUCAAACACUACAGGAUCCGCUCCUUAGAUGGUGGGGGGUAUUACAUCUCCCCCAGGAUGACUUUCUCCAGCCUGCCAGAGCUAAUCCAUCAUUACAGCCAGAAAGGGGAUGGCCUGUGUCAGCGGCUCACAGCUCCCUGUGUAUCCGUGGUUCCCCAGAGACCCUGGGCACAGGACGAAUGGGAGAUCCCACGGGAGUCUCUGAAGCUUGUGAAGAAACUUGGCAGUGGGCAGUUUGGGGAAGUGUGGAUGGGCUACUACAAGAACAACAUCAAGGUGGCUGUGAAGACCAUGAAGGAGGGCAGCAUGGAUCCUGAUGCCUUCUUGGCAGAGGCAAACUUGAUGAAGAGGCUCCAGCAUAACAAACUGGUCCGGCUAUAUGCAGUAGUCACGAAGCAGCCAAUCUAUAUCGUGACAGAGUACAUGGCCAAUGGGUGUUUGCUGGAUUACUUGAAGACAGAGGAAGGAUGCCAACUGAAUCUCCCAAAACUCAUUGAUAUGUCUGCUCAGGUGGCGGAGGGAAUGGCGUACAUCGAACGAAUGAACUCCAUCCACCGCGACUUGAGAGCUGCCAACAUCCUCGUCUCAGAGACACUCUGCUGCAAAAUUGCUGAUUUUGGCCUGGCCAGGAUCAUCGAGAACGAAUACUUGGCACAAGAAGGCGCCAAAUUCCCCAUCAAAUGGACAGCGCCGGAGGCCAUUAACUUUGGAGUUUUCACCAUCAAAUCUGACGUGUGGUCUUUUGGGAUCCUCCUGACAGAAAUCAUAACCUACGGCAGGAUCCCUUACCCAGGGAUGACCAACCCCGAGGUGAUUCGCAACCUGGAGCGGGGCUACCGCAUGCCCUGCCCGGACAUGUGCCCUGCGGAACUCUACAACAUCAUCCUGAAAUGCUGGCGAAACAAGCCUGAGGAGCGCCCCACCUUCGAGUACCUGCAGUCGGUCCUCGAGGACUUUUACACUGCCACAGAGAAGCAGUACGAACCAGAGCCUCAGCAGUAAGCCACAGUCCCACCAGCGCCUAGGGACAGAUCUGGAGGAAAGCCACCAUCCCACACAGCCCGGCGAUG